GUGGGCCCGCAGCGGCAGGGCAGCCGGGCGGCAGGCGGAGCGGCCGCCCCCAUGUCGGGCCCGCGGGGCGCCCUGCAAGCCUGGUGCCGGCGGCAGUGCGAGGGCUACCGCGACGUGGAGAUCCGCGACCUCAGCUCCUCCUUCCGCGACGGUCUGGCCUUCUGCGCCAUCCUCCACCGGCACCGGCCCGACCUCCUAGACUUUGAUUCUCUCUCCAAGGAUAAUGUCUACGAAAAUAACCAGUUGGCCUUUGAAUUGGCGGAGCGAGAGCUGGGCAUUCCAGCUCUGCUGGAUCCCAAUGACAUGGUCUCCAUGAAAGUUCCAGACUGCCUCAGCAUCAUGACUUAUGUGUCUCAAUAUUACAACCAUUUCAACAACCCCAACCAAGCAUGGCAUGAGUCACUGCCCUCAGCAGUGCCUGAUCCUCCUUGCCUUCUGUCCCCAGCCAGAGUCCCUCCGCCUAUGAAGCGCCCAGCUGCUGCUGCAUCACCACCUCUGCUGGCCCACAAGAAGCCUGUGGCUGCGGUUGAGAGUUCCUCAGCACCACAGGACGAUGCCCCCGUGGAGCCAGCAGAGCUGUCUCAACGCACCACGCUCAGCAGUACCUGCACAGCCUGCCAGCAGCACGUCCACCUGGUGCAGCGCUACCUGGCUGAGGGCAAGCUCUACCACCGCCAGUGCUUCAGGUGUAAGGAGUGCUCCAGCACCUUGCUUCCAGGGUCGUACAAACCCGGCUCAGAGGCAGGGACUUUUGUCUGCACGCAGCAUCGUGGUAAAUUGGCCAUGAGUGGGAAGAUGGAUAGGAGGCUCAGCCUGGACCGACAGUCACCAGAGCUAAGAACUGAAGCUGGGGCCGGCAGCGUGGGUGAGGACAUGCACCCUGCAGGAGCAGAGGUGGGGAAGGACAACAGCAGUGUUGUGGAGACCGUGGCAGAGACCCAGAUGCCUGCAGAAGUGCCAACCAACCCAGAGGAGAAGGACAGCACACCAAGCAGAGCAGAGACAGCCAUACCCUGUGCAGGAAGUGGGGCACCCAUUUCCCAAAUUCCCCCCAGGCCUCCUCUUCCCAGCAAGUCCUUGAUGCCCAGCCAGGACAAAGCUGGCUCACUGGAUGGACAGCACAGACACACUCGGCCUACCCCAGCCCCAAGGAGAUCCUCAGAUGCCCUCUCCCCACCAGCCUCACAUCCUGUGCCCCGACCCAGGUCCACCAUCCAGGGCGAGGCCAGUGACAGCGGGCCUGGUAUGGUGAAUGGUAGGGUACCUGAACCCAGUCCCCCUGUCCCAAAACCCCGAGGGAGACCCUGCUCCUCUGAUCGUGCCGGAACUGCUGCCAGAGCCAAGGAUCCACCAUGGAUGGCCUUAGUGCAAGCAGAGCCCAAGAAGAAGCCUGCUCCUCCUCCUCCCCCAGGGAGCAGCCAUGAGACCCCAAGCAGGACUUUAGAGGAGGAGGAUGGGGAGGAGGUGGGGAAAGCCAGGAGUGAGGAAAGCAGAUCUGAUGCCACGGAGCCCAAAUCAUACAAUCCCUUUGAGGAAGAGGAUGAUGAGGAAGAGGAGAGCACUGCUGCCCAAAAGAGCACACCUGAGCAGGAGCAGAGUGAUACUGCUGCCAGGCCUCUGCACCCCUGGUACGGCAUCACUCCCACUAGCAGCCCCAAGGUGAAGAAGCGGCCAGCUCCACGAGCCCCCAAUGCUUCCCCACUAGCCCACCACCCAAUCUCCAGGCUGUCGCACUCCGAGCCGUCAUCUUCCACCCCAUCUCCAGCCCUCAGCCUUGAGAGCAUCAACUCUGAGAGUUCAGCUAAGGUGCUGGGUGACACCGACGAGGCUUCUGUGCCCAAAAGCUCCUCCGAGCCCACUGUCCACACACCAACGGCCACCAAGACCUCUCACACUGAUACUCCGCUCACCAGCGUCUCCUCCAGCGAAAGCCCUGCUGCUCCAGCCAGCCUCUCCACCAACUCCUCCUUCUCCUCCUCCAGCGAACUGGCCAGCUUCAGUGGGGAGGUGCAGAAUAGCACCCCGCAUGCCAGCAGGAGCGUCUCUUCUGGCAGCUUAAAGACCAGCCCCAGCCGGCUGCCCCCCAAGCCUCCUGCCGGUGCUAGCCCUACACCCAUGCUCUUGGUGUCAGAAGGAGGUACUGGGAGCCCUAAGCCCUCCUCCUCACCCAAGCCACAGCUGAAGUCCUCCUGCAAAGAGAACCCCUUCAACCGAAAGCCAUCACCUGUUGCCUCCCCCUCUGCAAAGAAACCUCCCAAAGGCUCCAAACCAGUGCGUCCUCCUGCACCAGGUCACGGCUUCCCGCUGAUCAAGCGCAAGGUGCAGACAGAUCAAUACAUCCCUGAGGAAGACAUCUACGGAGAGAUGGAUGCCAUUGAACACCAGCUGGACCAGCUAGAGCACCGUGGGGUGAUUUUGGAGGAGAAACUUCGCAGCUCUGAGAAUGACAGCCCUGAGGACAGCCUGCUGGUGGACUGGUUCAAACUCAUCCAUGAGAAGCACAUGCUGGUGCGCCACGAGUCAGAGCUCAUCUACAUCUUCAAACAGCAGAAUCUGGAGCAGCGACAGGCAGAUGUGGAAUAUGAGUUGCGUUGCCUCCUCAACAAGCCAGAGAAAGACUGGACUGAGGAAGACCGAGUGAGGGAGAAGGUGUUGAUGCAGGAGCUGGUGACCAUCAUUGAGCAGAGGAAUGCCAUUGUGAACUGCCUGGAUGAGGACCGGCAGAGGGAAGAGGAGGAGGAUAAAAUGUUGGAAGCUAUGAUUAAAAGAAAAGAAUUUCACAAGGAGGCUGAGACUGAAAGCAAGAAGAAGGGCAAAUUCAAGCCCAUGAAGGUGCUUAAACUGCUGGGCAACAAGCAUGACUCCAAGAGCAAGUCGCCCAAGGAGAAAAGCUAGAGCAGAAUGCCAGCAAUGGGAGGGAUGUGCUGCCUGACCACCCUGGCCUCCCACAGCCGGCUGCCUGCCAGGAGGGGCCUGGCUCCCUCCACUCCCCUUGCCUUUCCCCUUCACUCCACGCCAGGCACUGGCAUGGUCACCCCAGGAAGACACCGGCCCUCUGUGCCCGCAGUGCUGAGUCCAACCCAGUGCUCCCCUUCCUGAGGCUGCCGAGGAGCCUGAAUUUCCCCUCUAAAGCCUCACUAACAAGGCGGGGAGAAAAUGGAUUCGCUUUUCAGAAGCGUUGCCCUGUCACGUGUCCUUGUUACUGACUGAGAAGCAAGAUGAGGAGUUUGGUGUUUGUGAGAAUACUUGCACUAACUGUACCCCUCCCCUACUCCCGCUCUUACUGUGACAGCUCUGUGUGCCUCCAACCUCUUGCGCCUGGCUCCCCCUCCCUGCCUGCCCACUCUUGUCCCUUUCCUGUCCUAUUUUUAACUUCAGGAGAAAAGUCUGAUAUUAGAAUCAGGAUUCUUUAGGUUUUAAAUAAGUACAGUCCAGCAUCACAAAGCUCUAAAGCCAUAGCCAAAAAAAUAACUGGGGCCCUAUUUUGAGCUGUCCCCUCCCACUGAAGGCUUUUCCCCUUGAGCAUUACAGGUCUCAGAGGACCCAAGGGGACAAUGUACAUCUGCUCGGAUGUAGCCUGUGUGCCCUACUCAGGAUAUCUUACCCCCACUGCUGCUAAGCACCACUGCCUGCUGCCUUCAGGGGGAGGGAGAAACAUUCCUUUUCUAGGCAAGGGCAGAAAAGCACAAGACUGACUUAGUGCCGGUAAUGGGCAAGCCUGUGCCCCUGCUCACCAGUGCCACCCUUGAGUGGCUGGAGAGAACUGCAUGGUCACAACUGACCUUUCCCCAGUUUCAUCUGUAUGUACUUUAAAAACAUGUGAAGAGGGUUUGGCUGGUUAUUUUUUAUGCCUCCUUUUCUACAUGAAUUCAAACUUGCCCUAAAACUUUUAAAACCCUUAUUUUAUUUGUUGUACGUGUGCGUGUGCGUGUAUGUUGGAGGAAGGAAGAGGGGAACAGUAUUCUUUCAACUUUCCCCUCUUCCUUCCAUUUUUGUUUCUUGCCUUCUCCUCCAAGCUGAGGAGCUAUUUAUUGAGUUGUUUUGUCGGUUUGAAUUAGACAUUGACUUCCAUGGGUGUUUGGUUGGUCAGCUGUUUGUCAUGCCUUCCCAUUAGCAAAUUAGUCAUGCCAGCCCCGAACAAACUGCUGCGCUCCCUUCCAAAAAUACAGCAGGCUUUAGCCAAAACACUUUUAGAGCAGUGCCUUGCAACAUGGCUGGCGUAGCGUUCUGUAAAAAGAUCUAUUUCCCAAACCCUGAGUGACCAUGGGUGAGUGGCAGCACGCCAUGCCACUUGCCAUAAUACCCCAGCAGGCUGAUCAGGAGCAGGGGUUGGGGGGUUGGGGAGGAAUCUUAAUGCACAGCUCUUCUCCAAGGAGAAACAAAUCUGUUCUAGAGCCUGCUGUUGUGUCACUGUUGCCAUAGGCUAUCAGGAUUGCAGCAGCCUGACACCCCUUGACCCCAUGCCUGGUCAGAACCUUGAUUUGGAAAUUAUGCUGUACUAACUCUAUGACUUCCAUUCAUCUGAUCAGAAAUAAAUACUGGAUUUGAAAAACGA